UUUAGUAUGUUCAUCAGAUGAUAAAGAACUGGAUGAAAAGGUGGCAAUAAAGAAAUUCUCCAGACCAUUUCAAUCAUUAAUUCAUGCAAAGAGAACAUUCAGAGAAAUAAAACUGUUAAGGCAUAUGGAUCAUGAAAAUAUUAUUGGAAUAUUGAAUAUAUUUACACCACAACUAUCUAUGGAUGAUUUUCAAGAUGUAUAUAUGGUUACACAGUUGAUGGGUGCAGACCUAAAUAGCAUCAUAAAAUGUCAACAAUUAUCAGAUGAUCAUGUAAAGUUUCUGAUCUACCAAGUUUUAAGAGGAUUAAAGUAUAUUCACUCAGCAGGUGUCGUCCACAGGAAUUUGAAACCAAGUAGUAUAGCAGUGAAUGAGGACUGUGAGUUGAGGAUUUUAGAUUUUCGUCUUGCACGAAUGGUAGAUAAUGAAAUGACAGGGUAUGUUAUGACACGAUGGUACAGAGCUCCUGAGAUUAUGUUGAACUGGAUGCAUUACAACCAAACAGUUGAUAUUUGGUCCGUUGGAUGUAUCAUGGCUGAAUUACUAACUUCAAAGAUUCUAUUUCCUGGCACUGAUCACAUUGACCAACUAACGAAGAUUUUAAAAGUGGUUGGCAAACCAGACGCAACUUUUGUGAAUAAAAUAUCAAGUGAAACAGCCAGAAACUACGUGAGGCAAAUGCCAGAAUACAAGAAACAACCUUUCAAGGAGGUAUUCACGGGGGCAAACGAUCAGGCGAUCGAUUUACUGGAGAAAAUGUUGCGACUUGAUGCAGAUAUAAGGAUUACAGCAGAAGCUGCAUUAGAUCAUCCAUAUCUCGAAAUGUACGCAGAUCAUGAUGACGAGCCCGUGUGCAAUGAAAGAUUUGUCGAGCCACCCUUUCAGCCUGAUGAUAUAGACUUUUGGAGAAAAGUAACCUUUGACGAAAUUCUUGACUACCAAUCAUCAAAGCAGACUGCAGAAGCAAUGGAGACAUAAGAAGCGAAGUUUUCGCUUGAAUAUGUAAAUUAAUUAAAAAGAGCAACAAGAGCAUCGUCCUUGCAUGUAUCAAAGCUGUAAUAUAUCUUUACAGUUAGAAGGGCGCUUAUAUAUAUUUAUAUAUAUAUUUAUAUAUGUAUAAGCGCCCUGAUAGUUAGCGUAUAUCAUACGCUUUCGUCUACAUGUUGGCAUUCAAGCGCGCAGAAAUUUGUGUAAAAAUAUUGUCUUUACAAUUUGCUUUAUCAAACAACAGUGAUCAAACGAGAUUACUACAAAUACAAUAAUGUAUAACCUGACAAUGCCUUAUAAACAUGAUUUAUCACCCCCUGUCGAAUUUUCACUGCAAAAUGACUCGUGUUUUGAAACGGCAAACGUACCGUUUUUAAACGUGAAACGUACGUUUUAAAAUCGCACGCCGCAAGCUUGAACGCAAAUGGUAAUAUUAUACAUUAUAGUAGUAAAAGCAAUUUGAUUGACUAAUAGUUGACAGAUAAAUCGCGCAAUCACUCUGCUGCUAGCAGAUAACUGCAUGAGUUAUCUGCAAGUGAGCCUGAUUAACAAGCGGUAUUCAUUUGAAUGUAUUUAUGUAUUAAUAAUUGAUGUUAUUUUUGAUGUUGCUAUUACUGUAAAUAAGGUUUUUCAUUCGUUAAUACUAUGUUUACUAUUCUUCAAAUGUAUAAUAAAACAUUUAUUGAAUUCGGUUUUUGUGAUAUGCAGAGUUAUCAAGCUCUCGGUAAGCGUUAUCAGCCUCUCCUUCGGCUCAGCUGAUAACGCUUACCUCGACCUUGAUAACUCUGCAUAUCGCAAACACCUCAUCCAAUAAUUGUUUAAGAAUAAUUAAUAUAUUUAGCAAUAACAACGCCAUCUUGGAGUUCAUAUUUUCACCACAAUGCAUUUUGGGUAAAUACGAAAAAGCAAUAAUCCAACAGGCUAUUAAAAGGCUAUUUUCCACUCAUCGCAAAAUCAAUUCGCAAAACAUAUAUGCAAACUCGGUAUCUUUUUGCGAUGAGUGGGUCAUGGGUGAGAGUCUUUAGUGACAGUAUUGUCCGAAGUCGUGUAUUUCUCAGUUCAGUACGAUUUUAACUACGCAGAACCAUAUGUAGGCGAAAACAUGUUUUUUAAAACUAGGAAAACAAGACAAACUUUUAAAACUUUGUUAAGAUUUGUGCAUACUAAUAAUUUAUAAUUCUUCAUUGUCUUCAAGAGAGCGGAAAUGACAAUAUAGUUAAUAAUAUAUAAUGUAUCUUGGUUCAAGAUGACAUCACUAUAUUAUAUAUCGAUUGCAAUUUGCCGCAUUGUUUUUGCCUGCGGUUACAGUUUUAUAGCGCAAUUCUUAGCGUAAUACAUUACAGUUUACAAGUAACCGCAACCUUGUAACAAUGCAAUAUAUAUGGACCUUCAACUUGUCGUUAUUCCAUGUAACUUGUCUUACAUCCGCCGAAUGGGCCAAAAAGAGGGAAACCUGUAUGAGGCUUGCGAGGUCUUAUAUGAGAUCGAUCGAUCGGCUUUUACAUGGAUCAGUGGCUAAGCUGAGCGAGCGCGCAAGGGAUUAAAAGCCUGUAGAUUUCCUAUAUCUAUUUUAUUUAAAGCGCCUGGGAACGAGGCUGUAGAUAAAUACGGUCACAUUUCAAAUACUAGAUAUUUCGCGC